AGCAUGUUAGGCGCCAAAUAGCUACUCGACGCGCAGCAAAAAGCACACAAAACAAGCCAUGAGCCCGCUCCCGCGCCGCGACACGCAGACGCAGGUGCGAAGUUUGAAGAGCGAGCUCGAGGACCUGCUCAGCGCCGUCGCCCUCGAGGGCUCGAGCGAGGGCCUGCCGGAAUCCUUUGCCGGGUCCGUCACGGACGAGGGCAUCUUCGGGUCCGAGGGCCUCGAGGCGGACCGCGACCUGCUCGCUCGGAGCGCCCUGCGCGCGGCGCUCGACGAGGAGGCCGACUCGCACGCGCGGAGCCGGACGCGUUUGGACGAGCGCGAGUACGAUUUGGAGGAGGCCGAGGCGCGGUUCGGCGUCGACCUCGCGACGGAGCGCGCGGAGAACUUGCGGCUGCAGACCCUCGUGCGCAAGCUCGGCCGCGCCGGCGCCGGCGAGGCCGUCUGCGACGACUACGAGCGGCGGCUGCUGGGCCUGGAGCGGCGCCUCGCUCGCGUGUCGCGGCGCAACGUCGCGCUCGAGCUCAAGUUCGCCGACGCGAAGCGGUCGCCGAGCGGCACGGGCCACGGGUCCCCGGCAAAAAAGGUCGCGAGCCAGCUCGCGAAGAAGGCGGCGAAGCUCGAGGCGGAGAACGAUUCCUUGAAGCGGCGGCUCCGGCGCCUGCCGCUCGCGGAGCGCGUCGCGCGGUCCCAGUCGGGCAUCGCCGCGAAGCGCGUCGACGACUUUGUGCACUGCCGCGACGCGCUCCACCGCGAGCGCGUCGGCACCGAGCGGCUCCGCGCGGAAUGCGACGCGCUCCGCGCCGCGCUCGACGACGAGCGGAGCCGGACGCGCGACCUCCGCGCGGACAAGGACGAGCUCAUCGCCAAGCUCGGCCAGCUCCGCGACUUCGUCACGGACCUGCCCUACGCGGGCCAGCAGCGCUCCUCCUUCGCGCGCCUCGCGGGCGAGGACAGCGAGGUCAGCCCGCGGCGCCACGGCCGCAAGUCCACCGUGCCCGAGCCCCGGCGCAACUUCGCCGCGCCGGGGCCGCCCAAACCGGCGCCGCCGCGGCCCGCGAGCCGGUAACAUCUUUUUCAUGGGGUU